GAUUUCUUGAGGUUUGGGAAAACUUUAGUGAGCCCUUUCCACGGUGCAAUCCACUAACCCGGCAAAAACCCGUCCAUUUUCUUACACCCUGCACCGACAUUCUUCAGCGAUAAGCCUUUCAAGGGACGGUCAUGAUCAAACCUCAUAUUCCUCAUGCAUGGCACAUCGACCCUUGGAUUUCCCAUGACGAAUCUCGACCGUUGGGACCAAUCUUUACGUAUGCCCCUCUCCCUCUAUUAUUGCUUUUGCACCCUUUAAAUUGUUGCAUCUUCCUCUCCUCCUGUUCUAUUUCACAUUUGCCUUUCUUCGAUCUCUUUAACAUUCGUGUGGUUCCUUGUGAUCUGGUUUUGCAUCAAAAACCUCGCCCAAAUUAGAGAGAGAAAGAAAAGAAUUUUAGAGAGAGAAAGACAGGAGACAUGGAGAAUGGGAGGCAAACUGGAUACAAUGGGAGGAAACCAGUGGACAAAAAAUUUACAGUGAACUCAACUAGAUACUAGAGAGAGAGAGAGAGAGAGAGUCAGCGGUAGAGGUGGUGGAGAGAGUGAAAUUUCUAGUCGGUGAGAGUUAUAGAGAGAGACAACUCAUGGAGGUGACCACCAGGAAGCUGAUAGUGGAGGUGGCGGACGCGCAUGGCCUCCUCCCGAAGGACGGAACCGGCACAUCGAGCCCAUAUGCCGUCCUCGACUUCGAUGGCCAGCGCAAGCGCACCCGCACUGUGCACCGCGACCUCAACCCAGCAUGGAACGAAACCCUUCAAUUCAAUGUUUCCAACCCGAACCCGCCCCCCACUGAAACCCUCGAGAUCGAUGUCUUCCAUGACCGCCGAGUCGCGCAGGGAAGCAAUUAUAAUCCAGCUCGCCGGAACCAUUUCCUCGGCCGUGUGCGAGUCAGUGCCGACCAAUUCGUCAGGAAAGGGGAGGACGCGCUCAUUUACUUUCCAUUGGAGAAGAAGAGCUUUUUUAGCUGGGUUCAAGGCGAGAUAGGGCUUAAGAUAUACAACAUGGAUGUGCCAGAAACACCCCCAGAGAACCAGAAUGCGCCGGAGCCAUUGCCGGAAAACCAGAAGUCGCAUGAAGGGGUGGCUAAACCGCCUGAAACAGAGGCAAAACCUCCUGAAGAGGCACCCAGACAGCCCGACGACGAGGGAGCCCCGAAACCACCAGAAGAGGGUCCCAAACCACCAGAUGACGGCCCAAAACUACCUGAAGAAGCUCCAAAGCCACCUGAUGAGGUUCCAAAACCAUCGGAAGAAGGGCCGAAGCCACCGGAUGAGGCGCCAAAACCGCCUGAAACAGCUCCACCACCGCCGGAAAAUGCCCCGCUUCCAUCAGAAAACCCUCCUCCCCUGGCCGUGCCUAUCCCCCCACCCUCCGAGCCCGAGCCCGAGCCCGAGCCCGCACUGCCACCUCCCACGCCUGAACCCGGCCUCCCCACACAACCGCCGAAAACCGCAGCCCCCCCCCCAUCAGUGGUUUUCCGGCCAACGUCCCUGGAAGAGUAUGUGAGCGAUUUUCCGGAGGAUUUCUCCGUCCAAAUCGAACGGUCCAAGUACGAUCUUGUCGAGAAGAUGGAGUACCUCUACGUCAGGAUCGUCAAGGCUAGGUCCCUGAUCAACGGCGGACCAGUUGCCACAUUUCCCUUCGUCCGGAUCGGAGUGGGCCGCUACCAGGUCCGGUCGAAACCGGCCCGGAGAACCGGUUUCCACGAGUGGGAGGAGACCUUCGCCUUCGGGCGCGAGGCCAUAGAGACCGCAUCCGCCCUCGAAAUUUCGUCCUGGGACCUCGCCGAAUUUUCGUCCGAAAUAUCGUCGAAAUCCGAAACUUUCCUGGGAGGCUUAUGCUUCGACCUCUCGGAGAUCCCGACACGUGUCCCUCCCGAUAGCCCACUGGCCCCACAGUGGUACAGGCUGGAGGGUGGUGGAGCCCAGAAUGGUGACGUCAUGCUCGCAGUUUGGCUCGGGACCCAGGCUGACGAAUCAUUUCGCGACGCGUGGCACUCUGACGUGGCUUCCCCGGCAAAAGUUUACCUUUCGCCUAAACUGUGGUAUUUGAGGGCCACGGUUUUGGAGGCCCAGGACCUCCCGAAUACCGGUUUUGGAAGUGAAAGCGAUUUUCCGGGAGGUUUUCAAGGGAGUUUCACGGUUAGGGGACAGCUGGGAUUCCAGGUCCUGAAAACGAGGGUCUCGACGAGCAGGAGUGGGGUCUUUUCUUGGAACGAGGAUUUGAUGUUCGUGGCGGCAGAGCCAUUUGAGGAGCAGCUGGUUUUCUUACUGGAAAACCGCUCGGGGAAUGAGAAAACUGUUUUGGGAGUGGCCAGGAUACCGCUUACCGCGAUUGAGAGGAGGGUGGAUGACCGGAAAGUGGUUUCGAGGUGGUUCAAUUUGGAGGAGUCCGGCGAGGGGAGGAGCUACAGGGGACGAUUACAUCUACGCUUGUGCUUCGAUGGCGGGUACCAUGUGAUGGAUGAGGCAGCGCACCUAUGCAGUGACUUUCGACCGACGGCCCGCCAACUUUGGAAGCCCCCCGUAGGCACCCUGGAGCUCGGCAUUGUCUCGUGCCGCAAUCUCCUCCCCGUCAAGACCAAGGCCGGCCGCGGCGGCGCAGACGCCUAUUGUGUCGCUAAGUACGGCCGCAAAUGGGUCCGCACCCGCACCAUCACAGACAACCUCGGCCCCAAAUGGAACGAGCAGUAUACUUGGCAGGUCUUCGACCCCUGCACAGUUCUGACCAUCGGUGUAUUUGACAACUGCCACGUGUCACAAUCGGAGGGCCCCAAUGACCUAGAGCUCAAGCCCAAGCCCAAGCCCGACAUUUGCAUAGGGAAAGUUCGUAUACGGCUGUCUACGCUUGAGAUGAAUAUGAUGUAUACAAAUGCGUAUCCAUUGCUCAUAUUGAUGCCCUCGGGUGUGAAACGGAUGGGUGAGAUAAAUCUUGCCGUUCGUUUCACGUGCGAGAGCAUUCUGGACGUCCUUCAGUCGUACGGGCAACCGUUGCUCCCUCGUAUGCAUUAUUUGAGGCCUAUAGGUGUGGCCCAACAAGAGGGGCUCAGGGUGACGGCCAUGAAGAUCGUGGCAACUCGGUUAGCUCGAGCCGAGCCACCGAUGGGUCAGGAGGUGGUUCGUUUUUUGUUGGAUACCGAGUCAAACACAUGGAGCAUGCGAAGGAGUCGGGCCAACUGGAACCGAGCCAUGGGCUCGCUGGCCGAUCUCGCGAGAGUGGCUCGAUGGCUCGAGGGUGUGCGAACCUGGCGCAACCCACUUACCACAGGACUGGUUCACGUGCUCCUCAUCUUGCUCGUAUGGUUCCCGGACCUGAUAUUUCCGAGUUUGUUGCUCUACGUCUGUGCAAUGGCCACAUGGGGCUACCGGUUCCGGCCACGUGGCCCUCAGGGGAUGUGCCCCAAGAUUUCACAAGCGGAGACGAUUGACUCGGACGAGUUGGACGAAGAGUUCGACACGGUACCUAGUCAGAGGCCCAACGAAUUGGUUCGGGUUAGGUAUGAUAGAGUUAGGAUUUUGGGGGCUAGGGUUCAGGGUUUGCUCGGUGAUUUGGCUUCUCAGGGUGAGAGGGUCCAGGGUUUGAUGAGUUGGAGAGACCCUAGAGCCACUGCCAUUUUUGUUGGGGUUUGCUUCUUGGCCUCUAUUUUGCUUUAUGUGGUGCCUGUGAAGAUGGUGGCCAUGGCUUGGGGGUUCUAUCAUUUGAGGCACCCCAUGUUUAGGGAUACAAUGCCUACUCCCAUUUUGAAUUUCUUUAGGAGGCUGCCCUCUCUUUUGGAGAGGAUCCUAUAACGCUUUGCUUUGCUUUGCUUUGCUUUUCUUUUCUUUUCUCUUCUCGGCCUCCACUAAUUAUUUUCGUGUACCAUGUUUUUUCUGAGUGUUUUGUAUGAGGAAUAAAUAUCAUUUAUUUUAUUU